ACCAGGAACUUGAACACAAGUCCUUGCACAUUGUAAUGUGUAGGUGCACCGCUUCCUGGCCCCUCUCAUGUUUUUAUUUUUUUAUUUUACCAGAGCACUGCUCGGCUCUGGCUAUGGUGGUGCGGGGGAUUGAACCUGGGACCUUGGAGCCUCAGGCAUGACAGUCUCUGCAUAACCAUUAUGCUACUUACCUGCCCCUCUCAUGUGUUUCUCUUGCUCCAAAGGAUUCAACAAUUAUGCUGUUCUAAUAUUUAUUUUCACAGUAUCAGAGGAGAAGGAAGUUCACACAGUUUCACAUCUCUCAGCCAGAAUACUGCUCAGCUCUAGUUUAUAGUGGUGCUGGGGGUUGAAUCUGGGGUCUCUGAGUGCAUGAAAGUCUUCUUGAGUAACCAUUGCUAUCUUCCCAGCUCACUUGUCAGUUUUUCAGACAGAGACACCACAACACUAUUUCACUAUCCCCUGCAGACCUCUCUUAAAUUGGGGUGGGGGUUUUCGAACUUUGCCCUGCCAGAUUUUUGUUUUAAAUCACAGGAUCUAAUUUGCCAUGGCUGUAUUAAUUACAAGUCUAUACUUUAUAGGUGAAAGUAAAUGUUGCUUUCCAAACAAGGAACAUCAGUCGUAUUUAUUAGAUAUAUGAAAGAAAGAGAACCACUGUAUUGUGAAGAAAAGGAGAGAAAAAUAAUGUUGGGGAGAUAGUAUGUGGUUAUGCUGAAGAUUUUCAUCCCUGAGCUCCCAGAUAGUCCCCAGCAACACCAUAAGCCAGAACUGAGCAGUGCUCUCAUCAAAAAGAAAAGAAAAAAAAUGCCUGUGAAAGAAAAUGAAAAUGGAGAACAUCAACCAAGAAAAAUAAACCUUGUUUGGAGAAGGCUAUCCAAGCUGAACUGAGGGCUUCAUCUAAGACCAUGUGGACAGCAGAUGAGAUUGCACAACUUUGUUACAAGCAUUAUGAAACCCAGCUGUCCAAGCAGGGGAAGCCUGAGCCCAACCGAGAGUGGACAUUACUAGCAGCCGUGGUAAAGGUACAAUCUACAACUAACCAGGCCUGCAAUAAAUCAGUGCAAGUGACAAAGGAAGUUGUCUCAAUGGGAACAGGAACAAAAUGCAUAGGGCUGUCCAAAAUGAGGAAGACCGGAGACGUCCUUAAUGACAGCCAUGCUGAGAUCAUAGCCAGGAGGAGUUUUCAAAGGUACCUUCUCCACCAACUCUAUUUGGCAGCUGUCCUAAAAGAGAAUAGCGUCUUUGUCCCAGGAAUUGAGGAAAGACUUUGGAAACUCAGACCAGACCUGUCGUUUGUGUUUUUCUCCAGCCAUACACCUUGUGGGGAUGCCUCUAUCAUUCCAAUGCUUGAGUUUGAAGAUCAACCUUGUUGUCCUAUCAGCAGAGAUUGGGCCAAUAACCAAUUGAUAGAAACCAGUGAUAACCUGAAAGUGCCUGAAGAUAAAAGGAAAUGUGAAGACCUAGACAGCCUUGUGAACAAAAAGAUAAGACUUGAACCUAGAAGUCCUGCCAGGGAACUUGCUAAUGGUACAGCUCACUGUCAGAAUCUUGGCGCUCAAGAAUUUGGCCCAGUCCCACAAAGCAUCAUCAACUCUGACACCAGAAUGGCACCUGGUGGUGCCAAAGUGGUAGAUGUUCAUAGAACUGGAGCCAAGUGUGUGCCUGGAGAAGCAGGAGACUCAGGGAAGCCAGGUGCUGCAUAUCACCAGGUGGGGCUGCUCCGGGUAAAGCCAGGCCGGGGAGACAGGACUUGCUCCAUGUCCUGCAGUGACAAGUUGGCACGGUGGAAUGUCCUUGGAUGUCAAGGGGCACUAUUGAUGCACUUCCUAGAAGAGCCCAUAUACCUGUCAGCUGUGGUCAUUGGAAAGUGCCCAUAUAGCCAAGAAGCCAUGCAGAGGGCACUGAUUGGGAGGCAUGCACCUAACUGCAUUUCCCUCACAUUUAGAUGUCAGAAUGUCUCAGCUCUACCCAAAGGCUUUGGAGUUCAACAAAUAAAAAUACAGCAGUCAGAUUUAUUGUUUGAACAGAGCCGCUGUGCAGUACAAGCAAAAAGGGUGAACAACUCAGCACGACUUGUUCCAUGUGGAGCAGCCAUCAGCUGGAGCGCAGUCCCUGAGCAACCAUUGGAUGUUACUGCCAAUGGCUUUCCUCAAGGAAUGACAAAGAAAGGAAUCAGAAACCUUCAGAUCAGGUCCCGAAUUAGCAAAGUGGAACUCUUUCGAUCAUUCCAGAAUCUGUUAAACAGUAUAUCAGAAGAUAGGUGGCCAGACUCCCUCAGGAAGCCUGGAGCACACUCCGGAAGCAGGCCUUUGGAUCUUGGAUCAGAAACUCACCAGAUUAUCACCAGUUUAAGUGAAAAGGGUUUUCAGUGGAUACUGGUAGCAAGUAUCUCCAGCCAUUUUAUCAGCUCACCUUCUUUCCCUGUGCUGAACAUUAACUUUUCUUAUGGCUGAAUCAGGGAAAGGAAAAAAAAAAAGUCUGCCAUCUGCUAGAGCAACAUAUCUCAUAUGCAAGAUGAAUGGCAUUCUGGAACAUGGAGCAAUCUAUACUUGAUGGAAAAGCUUUUUGUUAAAAUGUCAUCUGACUAAUGACUGUGGUAUUUGUCCUAACUUGCUUCUUCUCUAUAAUGUAUAGUAAAAAUUGAUAAACUCACAAAAAAUGAUAUUGUAUCCUUCAGGACAAAAUGGAUGGAAUUCAAGUGCUUAUGCUUACUGAAAUAAGAAAUCAAAGACUGGAUGAUUUCACUCAUGUGGAAUCUAGAGAAUUAACACACAUCAAC